AGGAGGCGGGGUUUGCGGGAAAACACGCUGCUGUCACGUACACCAGCGGCACAGCCGGAUGUUUUACAGCAGCAGAAACUGACCGAAACCCAUGGUAUUUUGUCAAGUGACCUUACCGGCGGACACUGCAUCAGGAGGCUUAUAAACGUCCAUCUCACGGAAAAAAACAGAAAAUGCCGCUGGGUGAAGAGAAGAACGGUGCGUGCGAUAGGUCCAUAUAUGUGAACAAUCCCCAUUUAGACUCCAUGAAAGAUGACAUCCUUUACCAUUUUAACCUGGGAACAUCCACUCACGACUUACCAGCGAUGUUUGGAGAUGUCAAAUUUGUGUGUGUAGGAGGAAGUCCGUGGAGGAUGAAGUCUUUCACUGAAUACAUUGCCAAAGAACUGGGGCUAUCAGAGCCUAAUGCUGAAUUCCCAAAUAUAUGUGAAGGAACCGAUCGCUAUGCAAUGUACAAAGUUGGACCUGUGCUGUCAGUCAGUCAUGGCAUGGGCAUCCCAUCUAUCUCUAUAAUGUUGCAUGAGCUUAUCAAGCUCCUGUAUCAUGCCCACUGCACUGAUGUCACUGUAGUGCGCAUCGGAACGUCAGGUGGAAUAGGUUUAAAGCCAGGUAUUGUGGUGGUUACCAAACAGUCAGUGGAUUCUGUGUUCCAGCCUCGCCUUGAGCAGAUCAUCCUGGGAAAACCAGUGGUCAGGAGCACAGAACUCGAUGCGGAACUUGCAGAGGAGCUUCUUCAGUGUGGCAAAGACCUUGCAGAGUUUGAGACUGUCAUCGGUAACACAAUGUGCACCCUUGACUUCUAUGAAGGUCAAGCUCGGCUGGAUGGGGCCUUCUGCUCGUACAGUGAAGAAGAUAAACAGAGCUAUCUUGCUGAAGCCUAUGCCGCUGGGGUUCGUAACAUUGAGAUGGAGUCAUCUGUGUUUGCGGCCAUGUGCAAACUGAGCAAUCUUCGAGCUGCGGUUGUGUGUGUAACGCUGUUGGACAGACUGAAAGGAGACCAGCUGACCAGCUCUCAUGACAUCCUGAAUAGCUACCAGCAGCGACCUCAGGUCUUGGUUGGACAUUACAUCAAAAAGAAGCUGAAUGCCUAUAAGAAAAGUUAGUUUGAAAGCUUUUCAAGAAAGCUUUUACAAGAGUCCCAGGUGAAGGUAGGGAAAAGUAUAGUGCAGUUAUUUGAAUAUAUGGCAAGCAGAAGCAGCUCUUAUAAGUUUAUCAAAAGUGACCAAGAUAACAGAAAUACCUUUGAAUUUUUCUGCAGUUUAAUACUGCAAUUACUAGCAUGCUCAUGCAACCUCAUGCCUUGAAUGUAAUACCUUAAUUUCCUCGUUUUAAAUUGGUAAUAGGCACAUUAUGUUAUAACAGAUAUUUAUUAUUGUUUUAAAAGGCACUGUAUUAAAACUACUCCUGAUGAAGUAGUUGUGUAAAAGGGAAAGAUUUUAUAAAAAAAAGAGAGAGAACUAAGCGGUUUUAGCACUAGUUACCUUAAAAGGGUCCAAGGAAGCAUUUUUAAAAAAACAAUAAACCUCUGUUUGUUGGUCUAUGGUUAUGUUACAAACAAAUUUUACUGUAAUGUUCACAAAUGUCUUAAUUUUAUUUUCACAAAUGUAUUAAAUAUUGCAUAAUAUUUCUCCUUAAGUUUGCUAUGUUUAACAUUGAAAGUAUUAUUUUAUUUCCGUAACUGAAUGUUUUGUUAUACAAGAUUCUGACAAA